AGGGGAUUGCAGCCAAUUAUUACAAUGGCUCAGGACACUGGUAGAAAGGUAUAACUGAAAAGGUGGGCUGUAAGUUCCCUUUCUACAAAGUUGACACUGGACAGAUUUAUCCCAUGAGCUAUCAUCAGGACUAGGACAAGAAGGACUUUUCUACUCAGCUUCCUUCACUCUCACUUCUCCCCAUUCUGCUGAGCCACUCAGCUCUGCCUGGACACUGACACAAAACCUAACUGAGCCAACAGAGUACAACCUCAUCUGUGCUCCACAGCCUGAUGGGAUGGCCAGGCUUGUCCUCUGUGGACAUGGAGAGCUACUAAAGCCUUUCUCUUUCAGGACAAAUCAAAUGGGGUACAGAGGUCACACCCCACUCCCGGCCUUACAUGGCGUUUGUAAGGUUCUAUGAUAACAAGUUAGUCAGGACUGGCUGUGGUGGUUUCCUGGUGUGAAAGAACAUUUUAAUUACAUCCCCUUUCUGUAAUGGGAGGUAAGGAGAAACAGUGGUCUUGGUUAUCCUGGGACUGACCGGGUGACAUUGCUCAGGAACAUCCAUGACCAAUAGGGUCAAGGGCAAAUGAAGAUAUAUCUGACAUUGUCCUAGUUGACCCAAAAUGAGUAUGGGAAUCAGAUUGGAAGAUGUGGGGGAAGAGGCAGGGUGGCAGUGGAGAUUGCUAGGGAAACAGCCUUGACUUUGCAUCAGCACACCAAGAAAGGCCACAGAGUCCACUCUGGACCAAGACAGGACACACUUUUACCCAGGGAUUACUGGAAGUUAGACUCAGCUGCUGCUCUAGCUUAGAGUGAGCUUUCAAUCUGCCUUUUAGAGACUGAGUUAUAACUUGUAAGACAGAUGCUAUACAUUUUAUCUUUACAGUAAAAUGAAUGUCACCUUGGGUGCUCAUGAUAUCAACAAAAAGGAAAAUACCCAGCAGGUCAUUCCAGUUCUUCAAGCCAUCCGUCAUGAAAAUUUUAAUACUGAAACAUUUACCAAUGACAUCAUGCUGCUGAAGCUGAAAUACAAGGCCCAACUCAAUGCAUAUGUGGACACCAUUGCCUUGCCACACAGUGAGGACUGGGUGAGACCUGGGUACGAAUGCAGUGUGGUAGACUGGGGAAAACAAACUAAUGGAAAACUUACCAACACACUCCGGAAAGUGGACGUGGAAGUUCAAAAUGAGCAGAAAUAUGCUCAUUUUUCUCUGCAGGGGGAUGCUGGGGGACCCCUCGUAUGUAACAACAUGAGCCAGGGCAUGGUCAGCUAUGGGCAUGUGGAUGGGAAACCUCCUCAGGUCGUCACCAGGAUUUCAAGCUUUGUGCCCUGGAUUAAGAGAACAAUUAAACGGCUUGAGCAUCACUAGAAGACAGGCCCUGUUUUCUGGACAUUUGGGUACAGUUUUCUGACUCCUAAUAAAGAAAUCCCUCUCCAAGGAUGAGCUGAAUUCUCUUCUCCAUGAAUAUAUUCUCUUAACAAACUUUGUGUGCCACCUCCCUCUCCACCCUACACUCUUCUUGUCCUGGUCACUAUCUGCAGACAUUUCUAACAGAGCCUCCAGUUCCCACCUGUGCACUGGCCCUGUCUGCCUGGCUCUUUUGGUAUAGGUCUUUCUCUAGGAUAUCUCUGAAACAUCUCUUUCUCUCCUUCCUAAAUUCAUCUUCAGACUGAACAGGCUGAGAAUGGGGAAAAAAUAAAAAUGAUCACCACCCACACCACAUUCUGCUCCAAGGAAUAAGUAAGGUUCCAGGAGACCUAGUUUUCACUCCUCACCCCUGCUGUGCUGCUCCCCACUCCAACAGGGU